CAUGGCAUUACCCAAUAUUGUUCAUCUCAAUUCUCAAGUUCUCAACCACAUCUAUUUCAUUCUCUUUGACUAUAGUUUCUAUCCAGCUCCCUCAACAAAAACCACAAGCUAUUCAUGGCGGCUCCCAAUAGACUCUCUCUUGCCAUGGAGAGAACUGGACAAUGGAUUUUCUCCCAAGAAAUACCGACUGAUGUUAUAGUUCAAGUUGGAGAAGCAAGUUUCUGUCUCCACAAGUUCAUGCUAGUGAAAAAAAGCAACUACAUCAGAAAAUUGAUAUGGGAAGCAGAGGAGAGUGAACUCACCACAAUCAACCUCUCUGAUAUACCAGGAGGUGCUGGAACCUUCGAGAAAGCAGCCAAGUUCUGCUAUGGUGUCAACUUCGAGAUCACAGUCCACAACGUCGCCGUUUUGCGCUGCGCCGCCGAGUUCCUAGAGAUGACCGAUGAGUAUUGCGACAACAGCCUCGCCGGCCGGACGGAGGAUUUUCUAUCUCAGGUUGCCUUCUUCACACUCACCGGCGCCGUCACCGUCCUCAAAUCCUGCCGCCACCUUCUCCCCAUCGCCGACGACCUCAGCAUCGUCGAACGCUGCGUGGAAGCCGUCAGUGCUAAGGCUUGCAGCGAGGCCAAUUUCCCCAGCCGCUCGCCGCCGAAUUGGUGGACGGAGGAGCUCGCCGUUCUCGAUGUUGAUUUCUUCGGCAGAGUCAUCGCCGGCAUGAAGCAGCGUGGCGCCAAAUCCAUGACGCUAUCCACCGCGCUGAUCACCUACGCAGAGCGAGCAAUCCGGGACCUUACCGGUAAAGGAAUCAGGUCAUCAGAUUCCAGCGAAACCGACUCCAGAGUGAACCAACGGAAGCUCCUGGAGUCGAUCGUGGAACUCUUCCCCUCGGAGAAAACCGUUUUCCCGAUCCACUUCCUCUGCUGCCUCCUCCGCUGCGCGAUCCAACUCCGCGCCUCCGCCACCUGCAAAAGCGACCUCGAGAAGCGGAUCUCGUUGAUCCUGGAGCACGUGACAGUGGACGACCUCCUCGUGCUGUCGUUCUCCUACGACGGCGAUAAACUGUUCGAUCUCGAAAGCGUGCGAAAGAUCGUAUCAGGAUUCGUUGAGAAGGAGAAGAGCGGCGCGGUUUUCACCCCCGGCGAGUCCAGAGAAUCUUGCUCCGCCGCGACGCAGCGCGUGGCCAAAACCGUCGACGCGUACCUCGCCGAAAUCGCUACCUACACCGAACUCAGCAUCUCGAAGUUCAACGGCAUCGCCAUCCUCAUCCCCAAACACGCGCGUAAGAUCGACGACGAUCUGUACCGCGCCGUUGAUAUCUAUCUCAAGGCGCAUCCGAAUCUGGAUGAGAUAGAGAGGGAGAAAGUGUGCAGCGUGAUGGAUCCACUGAAGCUAUCGUACGAGGCGCGUGUGCACGCGUCGCAGAACAAGAGGCUACCAGUGCAGAUUGUGCUACACGCGCUGUACUACGACCAGUUGCGGCUGAGGAGUGGGGCGGAUGACGGCGGCGAAGCCGUGGCGGAGAGGGAGCAGCUUCAGACGGAUGUGACGUUGGUGAGGGAGAACGAGGAGCUGCGAUUGGAGCUGAUGAGGAUGAAGACGGUGGUUUCGGAUUUGCAGAAGGGCGUUGCUCCGUCGUCGAGUAAGAAGAUUAAGUUCUUUUCCUCUGUGUCGAAGAAGCUUGGGAACUUGAACCCGUUUAGAAACGGGUCGAAGGAUACGACCCAUUUAGAAGAUGGGCCUGUGGAUUUGACUAAGCCCAGAAGAAGAAGGUUCUCCAUCUCGUAGUUUAUAUUUAGGUUUAGUUGGGUUUUCUUCAAGAGCUUUCUGAUUGAUUGAUGCUGUUUGAUUUUAUUUUUUUAUUUUUUUGAGAUUUUUUUUCGUAAUUAUGUUGUGUAUUUUGUAGAAUUUGUGCAGUUUGAGUAUACAUUUUGUAAGGAAUCAUAUGCAUUACUACAAUGUUCUAAUGGACGAAAUGUUACAAUGUUUGUUCUUAUAAUUGCAAACCUCUCAUCUGAUUGUAUAA